AUGUUGUGCCGAUCGCGGGUGAUCGUGACGGGACUGCUGCUGGUUUUGUUCUCCCACUUGGGAAUAGCGCAGGAAAUGAGCAUCAGUGAGGAGCUGGAGACUUGCAGCACGCUAGACCGGUCCCUACUGGAGCGUGAGUUUGGUGAUGGGGCGGAUGAUUUUAUCGGGAAAAUCACGGUCCUGUACAAUGUCGCGCCACCGAAACCGGUGCAAACGCCACGCGUGUUUUCCGACCGUGAUCCGAUCUUCUACAACAAGAUCGACUACCGGGAGCAGAUAAAGUAUUAUCAUAAUCUGUACCAGAUGUUCCAAGCCCAGCAAGAGUACCGGGAUGAGGUACGGUUUUUGCUAAGUGCUUCACUGCAUCGUGUACCGUACGAACUGGAACAUUACAACUUCGACGCCUUCUUCAGCACCGUCCAAACGCUAGCGGGCGAGUACAACCUUACCGUGUAUCCGAAUCGGUUGCACGCAAACCGCACGUUUGAACUGUUCGGACUGCGCGAGUUCCAGGUGUACGUCAUCGAUCGGUGUUCGCGGGUUUCGUACAUCAUACAGCCGCCCUGGAGCUUGAUACAGUACGCGUACGUGAAGGCGGCCGUUUUAUCAACGUUCUACGAUCGACCGUGCGGUAAAUGUGAGUUGGAAAAUUUUCUCAACUCAACGCUGGUGGAAAGUGAGAAACAGUCACAAGCCGGCGAGGGAAGUUCCUUGAAUGAUACCAAGCCCUAUGAAGAUGCGUCGGAAGAGUUUGCUAACCAAGGCGAGGACGAAGAGGAUAACGACGGGGUAAGAGCUUACAGUGAGGAAGAUGACGACGAUAAUGAUAGCGGAGGUGAUAGGGCAGGCAGUUACAACAAUAAUGAAGAUCCGUUUGCGUCCCUCAACGUCAGCGGACCAGAACUUGCGCUACCGCUACGUAUCAUACUGCCCGUACUGCAUGUCCACGUGCCGGCUGAAAAUGAUACACAAGCGACCGAACACAAGCUCCACCCGUACAUUGUACUACACUCAAACAACACCGAGGAUCACGCGGUACAUCCAUUCCUGACACCAACCCAGCCCGACGUGACGCUCCAAGAGUUACCACUCCCAGUGGCGUCGAAUUCCACCCCUAUCGUUCUUAGUACGGUUAGUGAAGAUGGAGAAAAUCUUCAACAAGAUAAAGUACGUGUUGGAGGUACAGAUUGGUCAGUUGGUGAGUUGGGCAUGAUACUGAACACCAGCUCAGUACUGUACGAUCCUAAACAACAGCGACUGUUUGAACGGCUGCAACGGUAUAACCUCACGGCCGGCGCACAGUUUGACGAGGUGGCGGAGAUAUCUGUAUCGAACCGGUUCGACGCAUGGAACCGGCGACGAUCGCCUCCGAAAGCAGAUCCAUCCCGCAACAAUAAACGUUCACAGAUAAAGAAACACUACGCACGGUUGAUUCCAUGGCUUAACUGGACGUUUGGUAGGGCUAUACCACCGGCAAGCAGAAUGAGGGUAAAGGUUUCCGGAAGCACUGAUUAG